CGGUGUGCAUAAAACCUUGGCAAAAAUACGACAGUCUUACUACUGGCCGGGCUUGCAAAGAGAUGUCAGACAAUACAUUAGAGGUUGUGAGGUUUGCACCAAGAGGAAGGCGCCUACUAUGACAAAUAAAGCCCCGAUGCAAAUAAUUGGUUCAGGAUCUCCUAUGGAAAGAAUAGCCACUGACAUUCUUGGAGAACUGCCUGAGACUGAUAAAGGCAACAGAUAUAUACUAGUUGUAGCUGAUUAUUUUACUAAGUGGACGGAGUGCUUUGCAAUGCCUAACAUGGAGUCGAAAACAGUAGCUACAAAAAUUGUAGAAGAGGUGAUUACUCGACUUGGUGUCCCAGACACAAUACACUCGGAUCAAGGUCGACAAUACGAAAGUGAACUCUUCCAGGAGACAUGUAAGCUACUUGACAUUCAAAAGACACAUACGACUCCCUACCACCCAGAGUCAGAUGGUAUGGUAGAGCGUUUUAAUCGGACUUUAACAACGAUGCUCAGUGCCUUUGUAAAUCAGCACCACUCCGAUUGGGAUGUCCAUUUGCCAUAUGUUAUGAUGGCCUAUCGAUCAUCCAUACAGGAAACUACUGGGAUGACUCCAAAUAUGUUAAUGUUAGGCCGAGAGACAAAGACGCCACUAGAUGUUAUGUAUGAACCACCUCGUAACAUUGAACAGUCUCCGUCAAACAAAUGGGUAUGGGAACUCCAAGAACGCCUAGAGAUUGCUCACAAUGUUGUCCGAGAGAAUAUUGGACAAGCCAUGGUUAGACAAAAGCACUACCAUGAUAGAAAACUGAAAUGGAAAACAUUUGUUAGCAGUGAAGAGGUAUAUGUUUUCUUUCCGAGACGAAAGCCCGGGACCUCUUCAAAAUUUACAAGCUAUUGGCAAGGUCCAUAUAGGGUUAUCAAAAAGAUGUCUGACAUAACGUAUUUGAUCAACUGUGGUCCUAAAGGGGGUGAACAAGUUAUACACGUUGACCGUAUGCGAAAGAAGUAUCCGCAGGUACUUUCAAAUGAGGAACUUCCACCACUAGAGGAAGAUCAAGAGCCACUCGAUAAAGAGGGCAAAGAUGAUGUUGCAUAUGAUAGCCCUGUCCGUAAUAAUAGACCUGUUAGAGAUAGAAGGCCACCUAAAUGGCUUCAUGAUUAUUAUGUUGAUAAACCUGAUAAAUAGUGUUAAGUAUGAUAAUGUCUGUAAGAGUACAGUGACUUAUACUCUUUUCAUUUGUUGUAGAUGGCAAAGACUAAGACCACUCCAAAUUAUGAGUUUCGGCGUUGUCCAAUGUGUUCCUAUUCAGCAAAAAGUGAAGAAGACUACAAAGGACACGUCUUCAAGUGUGCUAUGCGGACCUUCCAAUGUCCUGUGUGCGACUUCUGUAAUAAUAAAGAAGCUAACCUGAAGCGACACAUGAAGAGAUGUCACCCUGGCCUAGCCAAGGAAGAAGUCGUUAAGUUGGGAAGCAAGGAGGAUAAGUGUGAAGAAGUGAAAGAACAGCGGGAAGACGAUUGGCUUGCUCAAGAUCCGGGAGAUCUUAUUGGAGAAAUUUCAGAUGAGGAUAGCGAUAAAGACGAUGAUGGAGACACCACGAGUGAUAAAGAAGCUGAAUCUCAAGAGAAAGAGGUAGAUGAAAGUUUGCUUGAGGGAAGGAUGUUUAGGAAGCCGACAACGCCUUCGCUUCCGAUAAUUAGUAAGCGGAAAUCUUCGGAUGUUCACUUGUCUCCUGCACAACCUAAAAAGUUGAGAAAGGAGGAUCAAGCCGUGCAGACUUCAUUAGGUGGUGAACACUUUGGAAACUCGUUUGGAAGCAGGAGGGACUGCGGAACUCAAACGGAUCCUUUGAAAAGAAUCCUGACAACGAAAACUGUCAAGAAGUUCAGAGAUGGAAAUGUUGACACUAAGAUCGUUUCUAAAGAAAAAGUUGUGUUUGAUAUGUGAAUCAU